AUGGACAAUUCCGCAACUCCUGGAGAUCGUUCCAUCGUCCGCCAAGCACUGGAGCGUGCCCGUAACUGCGAGCCAGAUGCUGUUGAUCGAAACACGAGCGCUAUACUCGAGACCGCCAUCGCGAAUCUGUGGCAGAGGAUACAGAAUGCGCCGGAUAGCUAUGUGCUGAAUGGUGACGAAUUUGCAUUAUUCAACUAUUUCCGUGUCAGAUAUCGCGGUAACCGGAUUGCCCAGUUGGCAGUGGAACGGUUCUGGAACAACUACCGUGGGAACAGCGCAAGCAGUGAUGGAAGUAAGACAUAG